UAUUAGACGGAGGAGCACCGACUGUCUCCUUGUGUAUAAUUUACGUUUUGUUCUAUCACACAGCUCAACUUUCAAGUUUUACCAAAUUGAAAAAAAGAAGUUCGCGAGUGAUGAAUAUCCUGGAAAACGCCUGACUUGUUUUAAGAUGGGAACACUGCCUUUACCGGAACAACUUUGGAUGACAUGUGUUGACCUUACAGGUUCAGAUGCUGUAGUUUGUGUGGCGGUAGUUCAGCAGCAGCGGCCUUGUGAACAGUAGGCGAGGGGAGAAGCAGUACCGGCGCCAGAAGGGUAUUUCUUGCCAGAGCGACUUUGCUACCAGCAGCAUUUCUAUACUACGACCACCACCAAGAAGAGCAACUGCAGCAAUUAUCGACUACGCCGGCACCCAUCUACCACCACCACCAGUCGUAUCGUAACAUUUAGAAGAACUAGAAGAUACCGGGUGUGGGCGGAUGGGUCCAGAACGUCAUCGGAGAUUGCUGGGGGUGUUGGUGGUGUCGCUGGUGUUGCUGAUAUCGUCUUGGGUGGAUGAUGACGACCCAUCCACUGACCACAAUCCUACCACUCGCUCCUCCAAGGUGAGAGGGCCGGUCAGCAGGAGGAUCAGCAAGCCCGUGUGGGAGGAGGAUGGAGGGAAGAAGAGGAAGGGCGACCAUGGAGGAUACAACACACCCACAGAUGAAGAGGAGGAGGAGGAGGAGGAGGGCAGUGGGCCUUCCUUCGCCAAGUCCUUGAAGGCGAAGUCUCGUUGGUAUGUGAAGACUCCGAGUUUCUAUUUUGAUCUCUACUCGUGUCUGCCUCGAUUCAUAUGUGAGGUACACGCCCAAGCUUCCAGCACCGAACUAACCCAACUUGAGAAGGACGUUAUAGGACUCUUCAGGAACUAUGUUGUGCUGGAAGGCCCUGGAUCACCCGCCUACAACUACCAGCUGGCGGCACAUAUGGGUCAGCUGGCCACAGGACUCGAACCUUCGCCCUGUCACUCUCUCUAUUCUUCCUGCCCACUCAACAGGCUCCAGGUCAUUGAAGUCCUCAGGAAUGUCAAGAGCACCAAAAAGAUAUUUUCCUAAUGAGUCUCGGAAGAUUGUGCGGUUUAUUGAUUUUUUUAACUGAAUUUUAUGUUGCUAGCGGAUAUUAGAGGAGUGAUGAAUUUCUAGAAUUUUUUUUAAGGAUCCGUUGGUGUUUCUAGGUUUUACUGGUUCCCUGGUGUUUUCCCAAGAGAGUGUAUCCAAAAUGUGUAAAAGAAUGCUCACAUAACAAUGAAGGUUUUUGGGAACAUCAGAGAAAUCAAAAAGAUAAUUUUUUUUACCGAUCCCUUGGUAUUUGAGACAGAAGAGUGUGUACGUCCACUAAGUCCUGAAGCAAUUUUCGUAUCGGGAAAGAAAAAUUAUAAACCUAUUGUGAAUGAAAAUAUUUGUCGUACAAUCAUUGAAAUCUGAAAUGGCUUGGAUAUCUAGGAUUUGUUUUGUGUGAACGUGAAUGACUUGUGGGACAAAUUUGUUCAUGAUACAUACAUACAGUAGGUAAAUGAAAGUAUUGUACUAUACAGUGUUAAGUAAGCAGUUGGUUACCAGAUAAAUGGAAAUAAAGACAAUUCUAGGUGCCAAGAAGUGAUAUAUAGUGCCUUAAACGUAAUUAAAAAGUGCUAAAUAGUAUUAUACAGUGAGAGAUCAACAUUGGCUUCUGAACACAUUGAAGAUACUCAUGAUGCUGAUAAUGGCUUUGAUAUCAUAAUUUCUUGUUGAUAUACCUAAGUGACUUCAUUAAUUUAUAUAUUUGUUGUGAGAUUAGGAUGUAAUGGUGUUGAUUUGCUGAAGUGCCUUAAGAAAUGAUUCAACUUGGCUCUUAGAGUGAACGUGAAGUCAAUUUACUCAAGUGCCUUAAGAAUUUAAUUGGUAUGUCUUCUGUGUUUGUCCCUAAAGUACCAUGAGAGUUGUGGUACGUACAGUCUCUUUCUCUAUUUUUUUCCCACACUACAUUCCACGUACAUUUAGUUUUUAAAGUCUGAGCAUCAUUCCAUAGACCAUACUAAUAAAAAAACAUUAUCUUCUUAAUCUAGCCAUUACGUUAGGGUUUGACUGAAUAAGCAAGUAUACAGUACAGUAUACUUGUCACCCACAACAUGAGGAUCAACUUGCACCUGGCUUUCACUGUGUAUCAUUUGCUCAACACAUUCUGCCACAUGAAGCUUCCCCAUAACAAGCUUGAACUCUUGUUACAUCUUGAAUCUCUGUCUUCACAUUAUUUGUAUCCACUCAGCUCUGUUAUGUUUUCCUCGUUCGUAAAACUGCAGGUACAGUACUGUAUUUUUAUCUUUGUUGAGUUUUAAACAUUCCAUAGUUUUUAAAAGACAAGUUUGACCUUGGCUUACCAUAUAACCCAUACAUGUAUAUGUUUUUUCUCGCCUGGUUUUAGUUUCCAUUGUAGCAAUACCCAGAGAGUGCCUAUUUUUCUCUCCCUUGUAUAUCUAGGGGAAGGACCUAUUUUAUAAAUCAUGGGACUAAGGAUAUGCACUUUUACCUCCACAUGAAAAUUUUUAUAUAUGAACGAUUUCAUUAUAUUGUACCCAUCUAUUAUUAAUUAUACUAAAUAUUACAGCUCUGUGUUUUCAUGUUAUUUUGAUACUCUUAAUGGUUUUGUGAUGUUUAUACUGGAUGUCAUUACCCUUUGCAUGUAGAUUUUAUUAGUUCAAGGACCCAGCCACGCAGUGUUAUUGCAGUGACACCCAUAUAUGGUCAGUGUUUUGACAGGUUUUAACUAUUCCUUUUGUGGCUAUGACUUAUCUGACACACGUUUUGUUCCUGUUGUAAGGCUUUAUAAUGAAAUGACUAAUUUUUGUGUCUAAAAAUAUUAUCUCAUUGAUAGCACAACGUAUAGCAAGGUAGAACAAAAAUUAAAAAUUGUGAUACUGUACUGCAUCAGGAAUUCGAGUUACCAGUAUUUAGUUAUCAGUACGGGAAGGUCGGGGGAAAGUAGAUUGGAACAAGUUGAGCAGAGAGGCGCCUGGUCAUAAUGGACCCAGGAUCAUGUGAGGUGUAUAUUUAUGAUAAGAUAAACUGAACUCACAUUGUUGUAACUAAACACUUUUGUUGAUAUAACUUACAGUAGUUUGUUGUCAGCCGUCUACCCUUGACCUUCAUGUGUUGGCUCACCCCAGGUGCAAGUCGACAUAGGUUGUCGAGAUAUGAUGGAGAAACUGCACCAACUUGUUCCCCUACUCUCCUCACCCCUUCCCUUAUCAUGUCUACAUGGAAAUGAUGAAGACCCAUCCCAGAACAUGUUUGUAGAUAUAUACGGUAUAUAUAGUAUAUGUGUACAAUAUAUAUAUUUUUCUAACAAUAGGCUGUUAAGUGUGAUUAAUUCGUGGAAAGAAUGUUUGUGGAUUUUGGAGUAUUUUUUUAUGUGCAACUCUCCCCUUCUCUUGUCUGUAGGGAAUACAUCACAGUAUAUGGAAAAAUUAAGUUAAAUCUGUAUGUGUAUGUGAUGAAUGUUUUGUGAUAUUUAAGAGUAGUUUUGAGCAGUGUUAAGAAAUGUAAAUUAGUUUCCAACAUACCCAUCCAGCUCUUCCAGCAUGGCAAGCGAGAUAAUGUGGCGUUCCUCUACCCUAUAUGCUCUGCCAGGUAUAAUAGGCAGAUUACUGGAGCUUCUCAAGGGAUUAUUCGACUGGUAAUAUUGUGUUUUAUUGGUCAUCGCAUAAUUCUUGUCAAUACAAACUCCAUGCAAGUUUGUGAAAGUCCCCAGGCUUAGACUUUGACAUAAGGGCACACCUUAUACCCUGUAAUUCAUCAUUUUAAGUCGGGCUUUGUGUGUGGACUUGACAAGGUUUCUGAAGCUGUCAGACGUAGGUGAAAGUCAUUCAUCGUCUUGUUCUGGUUUGAGCUGAUCAGUUAUCAUAAAGACUAUUGACACAGUAUAUGUUCUGUUCGUUCCUUCACUUAAUGAAAUCGUUUGGUUUCCAUAAAGUUUCUGGUCGGGUGCUGCGAUAAAAAGAUAUACCCCUGUACUAUGAUUUUGCUUUUUAUUGUGAUCAACAUAUAAUAGAUUUCUUUGGUAAGAAAGUGUCAGCUGGUAACUAUAAUCUGAUCAUCUAAUGUGGCCAUAAAGUAUUAAGUGGACACGCGCUUGCCAUAAAAGAGCGCCUUUGAAAACAGAAAACUGACCAACGUUUAUUUGGCAUAGUUAAUGUAUUAGUCAUUAGGUGGGAGAACUUUGGUUUGGCUUAGCAUCCAGAGUCACGUCACUGUUGGGUGGAAACAGCUGUUGAGGCUGUCUUGUCUGGUAGGAGUCAUAGUGUAAAGCUGAACUGUCACGAGGAACCAAGUUGGUCAUAAAUGCUGUCAACUCCAAUGUCUAGUCCUAUGUGUAGAAUUAACUUUGAUUUUAGAUUUGCAUGAACCAUUUAUUAUUUCCUUUGUCUUCCAAGGAACUGACUAUGCUUUUAUUUUUAAUUACAGUACUUAUUUUUUUUUUUAAUAAAAAUAAUGGAAAAA